AUGGCGGCCUUGUCGCCUCGUUCUAUCAACAUUCUUCCAAAGCCGAAACAGGAUCUAGUCAAGAAGCAAAGUACAAGAGACUUGCCAACCCCUAAGGCCGCCCCAUCCAGGAACCAUGCACCUCCACCGCCUACUCUUGUUCGGGAGCCUGGAAACGGCGAGCAAUACAUCACCGGAAAUUUUCUAGGUCGAGGGGGUUUUGCAGUGUGCUACGAGGGAAAAUUGAGUCGAAAUGGCCGCGUCUUUGCCAUGAAAGUCGUUAAAUCUGAAAUGCCACUGAGAAAAAUGGCCGAAAAGUUUCGCACCGAGCUCCAGAUACAUUCGAAGAUGCGGCAUCCAAAUAUCGUUACAUUUUAUCGUGCCUUUGCGUUUGAGACAAACACCUACGUAAUUCUUGAAAUAUGCCCGAACGGCUCGGUCAUGGAAAUGGUAAAACGAAGAAAAUGUUUAACUCUCCCGGAAGUUCGAAGAUUCAUGAUACAGCUAUGCGGUGCAGUCAAAUAUUUACAUAGACGUAACGUUGCACAUCGAGAUUUGAAAAUGGGCAAUUUGUUUUUGGAUCGCAAUAUGAAUAUCAAGGUCGGAGAUUUUGGCCUUGCCGCUAUUAUUUUAAGCGAAAAGGAUGAAAAAAGACGUAAAACACUAUGUGGCACACCGAAUUACAUUGCCCCGGAGGUUUUGGAUAAAAAUAAGGGUGGGCAUACCCAAAAGGUCGAUAUUUGGUCUUUGGGUGUUAUUUUCUUUGCUAUGCUCACCGGUUUCCCACCAUUUCAAUCGAAGACCCAGGACGAGAUAUACAAGAAGGUCCGAAGCCUUACCUACAACUGGCCUAAGAAUUCCGAAUGUGCGAACUACAUUCCCCCCGAAGCCAAAGAUCUCGUAAGCGCAUGCUUGAGUUUAGAUGAAAAUGAGCGACCUGAACCAGAUCAAAUUGUGGACCAUAACUUUUUCAACAUGUAUGUGGGCUGUAUACCACAUGAGCUUGAUUCGGAGUGUCGUUUUUCAAGACCAUUAUGGAUAAAAAGCCAAGAUCCUCGGGGCGAUAAAGUCGAAGCGGGCUACGGGUUAGAACAUGAAUCUCGAUAUCACUCCAGGGUGUCUCAUAUUAGAUACUCUGACGAGAAAUACGCUGUUUGUAAAGAAUUUUUUUACACAGAGUGCGGUGUUGGAAAGAAGGAGACAGGAGAGGCGAGAAAGCCAGUAGGGAAACGUUGUUCUAAAACAGCCUUUGCUGAGUGUGCUGCAGAGGAAGAGCAGGGAAGGCAGCCGAUAAUACCAUUGCCAGCUGAUGAGGUUUACUGUUAUUUGCAAGAUAGAGACUGGAGUGUUCAGGAGAUGCCUCCAGAAAUUGACCCCCGGUCAUCCCCAGAGGAGGAUGACGACGACGUUGAAAAGAUAGCGUCGAAAGCGGAAGCUGCCAAUUUGGCACGAACACAGCUGGCACUUGCGGCUCAGCUUCGUCGAAAGGAAACACAACCACGAAGUCAUGCUGCCCAGCUACGACAGCAGGCCUUGCCCGCGCGCCAGCCAACACGGGAAAACAUUCUUCGUAAUACUCAAAGUGGUAUUCACCAGCUUAAGAGCGAAAUAUAUCGAGAACCUCAGGGAACAGUAAGAUCUGGGUACUUAAUGAGUGAGCGUCCAAUUCGUUGCAGAGCGCCCGGGUAUCAUGGCUCUCUUCGUGAAAGAACAACAAGCGCGAGUGCGCUACCAAAAUCUAUUUCUGCACCAAUUGACGUGGUUGCUGGACGAACUAGAGCUCAGUCAAGACAGCAGCUUGCUGCAAUGGCGACGAAGCACGUUGGAUCUGAAGCCAUAACUGAGAAUGUCGAAAAACCUCCUUCCAAGAAAUAUAACAGCGAUGCCCCAAAAUCGUUGGCUGCUCCAAGAGCAAGAAUUGCUUCCCGUGAUGCAGAUGAGAUGCGUUUACGAAGGUCCCAGUCUAAGAUGACUCCUCCAAAUUCGGAAGUUGAGGUAGAGCAACGAAUACCUCGAAGUAAAAGUGAUGGUGUUGCGAAAUCGACAAAUUCAAGCGCCGGGAACAAGCCUAGGUCUGCUUUUGGACUACGUCGCCUGAUACGUGCUGAUGAUGACGCGGACGUUAUGCCUGGAACGGACAUCAGGGAGGUUAUGGGUGAUGUAAAGAUGUACUUUUCUGAGCUUUGCCGGUUUCGUUCGAGCCCUACGUCAGCCCGUACGAGAGCACGACGUCACCAGCAGAGGCCGGCUUCUAUCAAACCACACUCAUAUGUAAUGAAAUGGGUGGAUUACACCAAUCGAUAUGGUAUCGGAUAUGUUUUGGAUGAUGGAAGUGUUGGGUGUGUAUUCAGGGCUGACCGUGGCUGUCCAGCCAGCUGCGUUAUUGUCCGAAACGGGGAGAUGCACAUCCGACGAAGGACCCGAGCUAAGGAGAGUGCUGACGAGAAGGACGUAUACUCAGAUGCUGACCAGCUAGUUCCGCAACAAGGGCCACCAAUUGAAUUCUAUGAGAAUACUGAAAUUGACUCUCAAGGACACCCGGGAGGAUGCGUGAGGCGAGUGCUAGUGGAGGCCAAAGCUUUCGACACUAGUAAACACUCAACAUGCGACUUAGUGAUGAAGACACGUAGUCUUGACGCAGAGAAGAUAAAAAGAGUGAAACUUGUCGACCAAUUUGGAAAAUACAUGAUCGGGCCUCUGGGAAGAAAGAUUGAAAAUCCAUCGCCGGGCCAUGAAGCGAAUAAUAGUUCCACGGAAUCGUAUGUACGGUUCUAUCAACGAUUGGGGAAUGUGGGGAUUUGGGGAUUUGGAGACAGCGCUUUUCAGUUUAAUUUUCCUGACCACACGAAGCUUGUCAUAUCUCUGCCUGCGAGACAACAAGUCGACCGGGCAGAUUCUACCUUAUCAUGCCAAAUAGACUUCUUUCAUCUUUCACCAACUGCUGCCCGAUACUUGAAGGCUAAAGGGAAAAUGCACCCCAAUGGAUUUGACACCAGGGCAGUCAUAACUGAUUCAGCUAGCAACUAUUUUGCUUCCUUAUGUGGCCUGAGCGCGCCAAUGUCCGGUUCCGGAAAGGAAAGAUUCCAGGAUAUCCUCGAAGCCAAUUCCUUUCGUGACAAGAUUGAUUUUAUUAUUGAAGUGUUGGAAAGCUGGAUUGAAAAUGGCAGGCUUGGGGGCAGAAUUAUAUCCAAGUCUUCAUCUAUAUCGUCAACAGCUUCUUUCCAAACAACGUUAACUCGAACAUUUUCCACAACAUCAACUUUCCCAUCAGCCUUGACAGCAAUAUCCGCGGGGAACCUAGAUAUGUCUCACAACUCUUCUGAUAUGUUUUGGUGUGGACCCCAGGAAAAAUCCUGGGCGGCACCGUCAGGAGGGAAAUUUGUAUGGGUUACUGUCGGUGCCCAGGGUGGAGAUAGUGAAUACAUGUCCCUUUCCCUGAAAAAUGAUGGCAAGAUUGAGGCCGUCGGCGCAGAAGAGGCCAUGGAGCUAAAGGAUAGAUUAAAAGCACUUACGAUGUGA